GCAGGGCAGUGUACAAGGGUAGGAGAUAACAGAGCUGAGAACAGGGGUCACUGCAAGCAGGGCAGAACACAGGGGUCACUGGUGGCAGGGCAGAACACAGAGGUCACUGGUGGCAGGGCAGAGGGCAGGGGUCACUGCUGGAACAGAGGUCACUGCUGGCAGGGCAGAGGACAGGGAUCACUGCUGGCAGGGCAGAGGACAGGGGUCACUGCGGGCAGGGCAGAUGACAAAGGUCAUUGCUGGCAGGGCAGAGGACAGGGAUCACUGCUGGCAGGGCAGAGGACAGGGGUCACUGCUGAAAGGGCAGAUGAGAAAGGUCACUGCUGG